GUGCAAUACAUAAUGAAUUUGUGUUACCUAAUUUGUUUUUAUUCAUUGGUUCUCACAGUUAGGACUCGAGCUGAAUUGGAUCAUGACUAUGUUUAUGCGGAUAGGCACAACGGACGAAUUUGCUCUAAUCAUAAUCCAGUCUGUGCUACGGAUGGACAAGAGUAUUUUAAAUUUGAAAACGAAUGUCAUUUAAAUGACCAAAAUUUGGAUCGAUUAUACAAAGGAAGUUAUGAACUGGAAAUAGUUGACAUGUCCUAUUGCUAUCCAAAAUGUGAUCAAAUAUUAUGUCCCUACGUAUAUCGACCAGUUUGUGUUGCCUUAGCUGGUACCACAAUAACAAAAACUUUGGCAAAUGAGUGCGAAAUCCAUCGUCUAACGUGUUCAACAAAAAGGGAUUGGUAUAUAAUUAACCCCGGACCUUGUCAACCACACAUUCCAUGCCCACAAGUAUGUACUAAAGAGUUUAGUCCAGUUUGUGCUACAUACCAUUAUCACCGACGCACAUUUACAAAUCGAUGUGAACUGCAACGAUGGAUGUGUGAGAAUCGGCAAAGUUGGCAUAUCAUAAACAAUGGACCGUGUGUUACACGCUUACCUAGUGUUUGCACGUCUGUUUACAGACCUAUAUGUGCAUCUUUUAAUGGAAUAACAAAAACAUUUCCAAAUGCAUGCGUCUUACAUGUAGAAAAAAGAACAACUGGUAAACAUUGGGAAGUAAUUGCUGCUGGGGAAUGUAGCAAUAUAUGCAGUCUUGGCAAUAACCCAGUAUGUGCAUCAUUUUAUGGAAAUCAAAAAACUUUUGCGAAUCGUUGUGAAUUAGAGCGAGAAAAUAGUGGUUAUAUAACAUGGACAUUCGUUAAUGAGGGCCCAUGUCAUGGAAUUACAACAGCAAAAACCACUACUACUUCUUCGACCCCUGCAAGACAAUAUCCUUGUUUAGAACAUAUUCAAGUACAAAGUUCUAUUGCAACUACAACUAGUAAAACUACAACAAAUACUCCAAUACAAUCAAUAGCGGAUGAAGAAGAAACAUUUGGUGUAUUGGGAUCUGAUAUUGAAAAUAUUGAUGAAUCUAGCAUUCCAUUGUCUUCCAAUAAUGCAAGCAAUAUAACAGAUACAGCAACUCAGUCUACAACCGAGCUGAAUAAAAUCACAGCUUCAGAAGCUGAUUUCCAAGAAGAAGAAAGUUCGGACCAAUUGCAAGCAUUUGCUCAAAAUAUAGAAAGCCGACAUCGAAAAACGACAACAAGAAAACCCACAACACAAACAACAACUCAAAAGCCUACAACUAAACAAACAACUACUACAACAACUAGAAAGCUACCAACUACAACUGUUACUACUACACAGAAACCAACCACGACAACUACAACUAAAAAAGUAACGGUAACUGUAACCCCAACCACAACAUUGCGCACAAAUCCAACACCAACACACACAACAACAACAACAAACAAACACACAACAGAAUCAACAACCACAACAACAUGGAAACCAAUAACACAGUCUACAACUCCAAAACACACUACUACAAAGGAAACCACAACAACAGUAAAAUCAACAAAAAGUACAGAACAACCAAAAACAACGACUACAUUGAAACCAACAGCAACAACAACACAUAAACCUACAACGACGACACUAAGACCUACGAAAUCUACAGAGAAGCCAAUAACAACAACAACUACAAAACUGUUCACAACAACAAAAACGACAAAUAAACCUACUCCGACAACCACAAUAAAAACAACAGAAACACAAACAAAAUCCACUCAAAAACCAACAACAACAACUACAAAACUGCCCACAACAACAAAAACGACACAUAUACCCAUUACGACCACCACAACAACAGCGAAACCAACAAAAACUACGAAGAAGCCAACGACAACCACUAGAAAUCUACCCACAACGCCAACGACAACAACAACACACAAACCUGUUACGACAACCACAGUAACGACGACAACAUCACCUACCCAAUCAACAACUACAAGAAAGCCAACCACAACAACUACAAAAAAUCCCACAACGACAAUAACAACGCACAACCCCGUUACGACUACUACAACAACAACUUCGAAACCUACAACUACAAAAAAACCAAGUGACACAACCACAACUAUUAAAAUAACAACGACAGCAAAAUCUUCAACAACUAUAAUAACCACUAAAGGGCCAUCUACAACUACAUCCACACAGAAGCCUACUACGACAACAACACUAACAACGACAGCUAAAUCUACAACUACAGAAAAACCAACUGAUACAACCACAACUACCAAAAUAACAACGACAGCUAAAUCUACAACUACAGAAAAACCAACUGAUACAACCACAACUACCAAAAUAACAACGACAGCUAAACCUACAACUACAGAAAAACCAACUGAUACAACCACAACUACCAAAAUAAGAACAACAGAAAAACCAACUGAUACAACCACAACUACGAAAAUAACAACGACAGCUAAACCUACAACUACAGAAAAACCAACUGACACAACCACGACUACCAAAAUAACAACAACAGAAAAACCAACUGAUACAACCACAACUACGAAAAUAACAACGACAGCUAAACCUACAACUACAGAAAAACCAACUGAUACAACCACAACUACCAAAAUAACAACAACAGAAAAACCAACUGAUACAACCACAACUACCAAAAUAACAACGACAGCUAAACCUACAACUACAGAAAAACCAACUGAUACAACCACAACUACCAAAAUAACAACGACAGCUAAACCUACAACUACAGAAAAACCAACUGAUACAACCACAACUACCAAAGUAACAACAACAGAAAAACCAACUGAUACAACCAAAAAACCAACUGAUACAUCCACAACUACCAAAAUAACAACGACAGCUAAGCCUACAACUACAGAAAAACCAACUGAUACAACCACAACUACCAAAAUAACAACGACAGCUAAACCUACAACUACAGAAAAACCAACUGAUACACCUAUAACUACAGAAAAACCAACUGAUACAACCACAACUACCAAAAUAACAACAACAGAAAAACCAACUGAUACAACCACAACUACCAAAAUAACAACGACAGCUAAGCCUACAACUACAGAAAAACCAACUGAUACAACCACAACUACCAAAAUAACAACGACAGCUAAACCUACAACUACAGAAAAACCAACUGAUACAACCACAACUACCAAAAUAACAACGACAGCUAAACCUACAACUACAGAAAAACCAACUGAUACAACCACAACUACCAAAAUAACAACGACAGCAAAACCUACAACUACAGAAAAACCAACUGAUACAACCACAACUACCAAAAUAACAACAACAGAAAAAACAGAAAAACCAACUGAUACAACCACAACUACCAAAAUAACAACGACAGAAAAACCAACUGAUACAACCACAACUACCAAAAUAACAACGACAGCUAAACCUACAACUACAGAUAAACCAACUGAUACAACCACAACUACGAAAAUAGCAACUACAGAAAAGCCAACUGAUACAACCACAACUACUAAAAUAACAACGACAGCUGAACCUACAACUACAGAAAAACCAACUGACACAACCACAACUACCAAAAUAACAACGACAGCAAAACCAAGAACCACAACCACAAAAACGACAGUUGAAUCUACAGUAUACACAAAGAGGCCAAAAACAACGACAUCUACAGAGAAACCUUUUACAACAACCACAAAGGGAACGACAGCUAAACCUACAACUACAGAAAAACCAAGUGAGGCAACUAAAGAUCCAAUGAUAACCACUGAAUUUCCAACUGUCAUUUAUUCUAGGAGGACAACAACUCGAAAACUAGAAACAACAACGAAAUCACCAUCUACAAUAAUCAAGUACCCUUAUAUAACUACUAAGCCAUCCUCAACUGUUGGUGAUACAACAACCUCAACUACUACAAAGAAGACAACAACAGAAGAGCCAUCUACUGUCAGCGAUCCUUCGCCAUCGCCUUCGACUACUACAACUUUUUCUACAACAUUAAUACUGCCAUCCACUACUGAAAGUACCACAACUACUUCUGACAAUUCAACAACUUCAAAGACAACGAAGCCAUCAACUAUGCAACCUGUUUCUUCAACUGUAUAUACGAAACCCACUUAUAAGCCAUUACCGCCAUUACCUUAUAGUUAUCACGGAGAUGAUUAUGGAUAUUUUGACUACAUGUCUCCUGGGCAAGGCUCUAUUUAUCAACCAUCAGCAUAUCAUCAGCCUUCUAUGGGACAUUAUUAUGAUGGUGCUUCAAUGCAUCACCCUAUAUAUCCAUCAUAUCCAGUUGCAUAUCCUAGAUCGUAUCCGAAUGUGGGUGAUAUGCGUCAUCAAGCAUAUCCUUCAUACCAAUUGGAUUAUCCUCAACCAAGGGUUGGUAACCUACAAGCUUAUAACGCUCCACCUGACACUCCAUCGAAAUUGGACUACAUUCUUCACAAACUUUGUGAAUUAAGUGCUGCCUAUAAGAAGAACAGCGCAAACAAAGAGUAGACUUACUCUUAUUAUUAAUUACUAUUAAUUAGUUGAUUCUGUGGCAGUUGCUAAAUUUAUUUACU